AUGUGGGCGAGCUUUCUAUCUUGUCCAUCAAAGCUCGCAGACCGGUUCUCGCCGCGACGGUGUCCAACAAGUCCACCUGCCCACUCGGCGCAUGACUCGACUUGGGGGGACCUUCAGGCGGGGUACGUGCCCUCCGGGGUACGUGCCCUCCGCGAGGGUACCGUACUCGUAUCGCCCUACGGCUUUCGUUGCAGUACUGUACUGUAUUACCGAUGGACUGGACAAGCCCCUGGAGUACAGCACUGUAUCAUACGCCUCCCUGGAGUCCCUUGCAGCUCUCGUUGCUGGCGUAGAAUUCUUGUCAGAGUCGCGAUCAGGAGAAUAGGUCCUGCGCGGUCAUCCGCUCCGAGACGUCUGGCCCUGGCCCCGUCUCAUUUUUGCCCCUGGUGUUGGGUCCAUGACUCAGCUCGCCUGGUAUGCCGUGUUGUAGCGCAUUUUUAAUCGUUUAAAUAUCAUUGGUGCGCCACUGCCAACAGUGGACGAAGCAUGA